AUGUCAUGCAGCCUUCAACAAAUAUUUGAAAAUCCUCCAUUGCCUGCAGAAAGUCCAACAGUACUUCUUGAUCAAUCCCUCUCCUCAUGGAAAAACCAAAUCAAGCCGAUGCGUCAUUCAUCUUCCUUCACUGAAAUUUUUGGAGAGCUUUGUAGCGAGUCUAUUACGCCGCAAACAUCACCAUUACCAUCACCAUCAUUGUCAUCUUCAUCAUCAUUCCCGGAGCUGAAAUUGAGUAUUUGUACAAAGAGUGUAGAAGAAUACAAACAAAAAGAAGACCACUGUGAAGAAAAAGAAGAAGACGGAGAAGGCGAAAAGAAUGAGGGUUUAGAAGGAAAAUGGUUAUGGGAGAGUGGUAAUGCAAAAGAGGUGAAUGAGUAUCCUCCUCCAAUUUCAUGCAUAGGAAGAAGUGGAAAACUUUGUGUUAGUUUUGUGUCUUAUAGGAACAAUGGAAGGUUUGUUCUUAAACAAGUUCAAAUACCAACACGAGAUUUUCUUCAUGCUCAUCGAGAAGAUGGAAGGCUCACCUUGCAUUUUGUUCAACAUGAUGGAGAGGAACAAGAGUUUUUAGGAGAUGAAGAAGAUUAUGAUAGUGGUGUAGAAAGUAAUAUAGAUGAAGAAGAACAACAUUGUGAAGGUCAUGUAAAACGUAAUAAUUAA